GUUUGUAGUAGCACAACAUUUCUUAAUUUUUUUUAAAACAAUGCCGCUGCAUUUUGUGAACAGUUUAUGUUCUACUGUGUUAUUUCAGAAGAUGUUUGUUUUUCGCAAUGAAGUGAAACUUCAUCAAUUCUGCACAGGACAUAAUGUUUUCAAACAUAGCAUCUAGACUUUUAAAUGCGCCGAUGUCAGGCCGUUUUGCCAAACGAGCAUAUAAUUCAACCAAAUACACUACAAUAUCGUCUCAGGUGAAAAAGCAGAAGAAGGAGAGCAGCGGUGUUAUACCUUCACCAUCAAUGAGUCCAGAGCAGCUGGAGCGGAUCUCCGCAAACAAGAAAGCGGCUCUGUUGAAGCUUGCUGCACACCAGCACGUGCCAGAGGGUGUCGGAGAGAGCUGGACAAAAGCACUGAAUGGAGAAUUCGGAAAACCUUAUUUUAAAUCAUUAAUGUCUUUUGUUGAAGAGGAGAGGAAAAAGCACACCGUCUAUCCACCUACACAUCAAGUUUUUACCUGGACACAAAUGUGUGAUAUAAAAGAUAUAAAGGUUGUUAUACUCGGCCAGGAUCCUUAUCAUGGACCUAACCAGGCUCAUGGGCUGUGUUUCAGCGUUCAGAGACCUGUGCCACCUCCACCAAGCUUGAUAAACAUGUACAAAGAACUGGCAUCGGACGUAGAAGGCUUUCAGCAUCCUGACCAUGGAAAUCUUACGGGAUGGGCAAAGCAAGGAGUGCUGUUGCUGAAUGCUGUGCUAACGGUGCGUGCCCACCAGGCUAACUCGCACAAAGACAAAGGAUGGGAGAUUUUCACAGAUGCCGUUGUACAGUGGCUCAAUACUAAUAUGGAGGGUCUUGUUUUUAUUCUCUGGGGCGCAUAUGCUCAGAAGAAGGGUGCCGUCAUUAAUAAGAAGCGACAUCAUGUUCUGCAAGCAGUCCACCCUUCACCACUGUCCGCUCACCGCGGCUUCUUCGGAUGCAAACAUUUCUCAAAAACCAACGAACUGUUAAGCAAGUCUGGAAAAGAGCCCAUAGACUGGAAAGCGCUCUGAUUGUUUCCCGUUUAGGAUCUGAUGAAAUGUUGUUGGCCCUGUUUGUUUGCUGUUAAAUGUGUUCUUCUCUAAACACUAUAUACUUGUUUAUAUAGCUGCGUAGGUAAAUACUUCACACUAUUUCCUUUAUCAUUGCACUUUGUGUUUCUUUGACAACUGUUCAGAUUUUAUUUUAUUGUAUGUUUCAUGUCAUAAGGCCACAGUGUAUUUUAUCAAAAGGUUUGCUUUGUUCCUGAUGGUUCAAUUUUAAACGUACCACCGUGAAGCUAUUUGUGUUUGUACAAUAAACUAUUUUUUCACAGAA